AUACCAUCAUGGAUUACACAGUCAUGAGCACGUUGAUCUUAGGUUCCCAUGCCUCUAUUUCCCUUCUAUGUUGCAAACGUGUAUAUGUAUACGACAAUCGAAUAUAAAGAACAUGGAGGAACCACUCCCCCUCCUAGCCUUAGUCGGCUAACUAUCCAAAUGAGUUUGGCUUUCACACGGAUCACGCAAAUAAAUGGGGUGAAGAUAAAAGAGUUCGGUGGAGUCUUCAGGAAACUAAACUCCUCUCAAAUGUUUUGCUGGUGCGUUAGUUAUAGACCAUAGUACCACUCAAUUUAUCUAUCCCUACCAUUUUGAUAUCGAGCAUCAAAAAAAACAAACUGGGACUAAUUGCACAUCUGGUAAAAAUCAUAAUAAAGGUUUCAGAACCGGCUCAAUGAAAGAAAUGAAAAGAUUUGUAGUAAAUGCGAUUAUGGCGGAUCAAUCGGGCUAUCCAGCAUGAUUUGCAUGUGAGCGAGGCUAGUAAGAUUUCCUCUAGAAGCCUGUCAUAUUUCGCAAUGCCAACGGGAUUUUCCUGUUUCUGAAUAUCACUAAAAGGGAAUGUGGAAACUUUGUCAUCAAAUCAAUUGGGGAUCAAAUACGUUCAGUAACAAAACAUUGGUACAAGGAGGAAUACAUAAAUCAGUUUCAGGGAACUCCUUUCUUUUUUUCUUUUCUGAAUACUUUGCCCUUAUUGCCAACUGUGACAGCAUGGCCAUCAGCAUCAGCGAUGGCACAUACGUCGCUGUCGCCAUCGAUAGCAGCACCGUUGCCCUCGCCGAUACCAUUGCCAUUGUCAUCACUGUCUCUAUUGACGUUGCCCUCACCCUCACCAUCGCCAUCGCUGUUUCCGUUUCCGUUGCCGUUGCCAUCUCCAUCGCCGUCGCCUUCAAAUUCAGUUCAGAAGUUGGCAAAUGAAUAUGUUUCCAAACUUGGCAGACUCGAUAGCGACAGAAACACUUCUUUGCAGGAAGCUGUAAACGUGUUUGAAAACUUCAUCGUCAGUUUUGAAAACAUGACAAAACCUCAUGAGGGCCAGUUCACCAUAGACGAGUUUCAAAGAGGAAGAGAGUCCAUCUUUAAUGUGGCUGUCGCCUUCGAGAAAUUUGCUCUUAAUUAUGGCAAGCAUCACCUUCCAAUAAAGAUUGUAAGCCACAAAAUGGUGCUGGAAGUCCAAAAGGCUUACCGCCAAAAUGCAAGUGACUUUUACUUCGACGUACACGAAUGGCAAACCAACAUUAAUAUUGCCUCUUCGAAUUUUGCAGAUAACGGAUCAGUGGUCGUCGGGUGCGUAUAUAAGAAUCUGCAAGACAUACUGCCGAAAAGUCAACCCAGCAGGAAUGGAACAGGAAGCACAAGAUAUUUGGGUAGCAGAAUAAUAAUGGCAGCAAUGGAACCUAAACCAAAAAAGUUGCUGGAAAAUGUCGUCUUAAAGUUCAAAAACAUAGAGAUAGAAGAAAGGGUGAAGAAUUGUAUGUUUUGGAGAGGCUUCAGCGAUAGCUCCGACGGAUUUUCAGACGAAGGAUGCCAUGUAGUUACGUCGAGAAGCAAUUCAGAAGAAACAGUUUGUAGCUGCAAUCAUUUGACUCAUUUUGCUGUAUUAUUUGAUUACAACGAUGGCACAAAGCUUUCCAAACAGGACGAGACUGUGUUGAAGACAAUUACCUACAUAGGAUUAAGCUUGUCGAUCAUCGGGAUGCUUAUAACAUCAGCCUUGUACUUUUUCUUUACAGACGUCCGUCAACCUUUGUCUCAAAUUCGAUUGAGUCUUUCUGUGUCCCUCGGAGUUGGACAGCUAAUUUUUCUCGCAGGAGUAAACGCCACAGAACACACGGCUGCUUGUAUCGCAGUAGCAGCUCUGAUGCAAUAUUUUCUGACGGCUGCCUUUUGCUGGAUGUUGGUCGAGGGAAUCUACCUCUACCUGUUCGUUGUGAAAGUUUACAACAUCAACACCAAGAUGCACAUGUAUCACGUCAUCUCAUGGGGUCUCCCUAUGAUCAUGAUGGCCAUUUCACUUGGCAUUGCUGCUGCGAAAGAAGGAAUACAAAGCUAUGUCAGUGAUAAAUAUUGUUGGCUGUCUUCGACUAACAAUCUGAUCUGGAUAUUCGUCUCCUUUGUAACGUUAAUCGAAGUUCUCAACAUCUUGAUAAUCGUACGAGUCAUAAAGGAGAUGACCAAUUUGGUGCAGCCAACAGGUGAAGACGACCAUAUUAAGCAAAUACGAAUUGGUAUCAAAGCUUGUGCACUGAUGAUUCCUUUACUGGGUGUCACGUGGCUAUUUGGUCUUCUUUCGCCUGUGCAAAAGGCUUUCGCUUACAUUUUCACAAUACUCAACUCUACUCAGCAAUUAACAAGCUGCAAGUUAGUGCUAUCUUUUAUCUAAAUGACUUUUCCAGAACAUCGCAUACAUGUACUUGCUUAAGAAUUUUUGUUAGCUACAAGCUAAGUUGUGCGCACUAAGGAUCAAAUUAUCGUAACUACAGGUUGGUCUGGCUUGUCUGUUAUUAAUUGACUUUCAUUAAAGGUUAGAUCUACUUUAGAAGUUCAAUGAACUCAUGGAAUGAACUGAGUUAUUACAAAUUCUUCUGCCUCCUUUCAAUCCUCGUGCGCUACAUUUUAACGCUUGCUACAUGAUGCUUUUACGUUUCAUAUCGGAGAGGAUACUUGUCAAAUAGUAUCUUGUAACUGUAAUAUUAGCAGCCUCGUCCAACAUCUAAUGUUAUUACUCAUAAAUAAGCAGAUGAAUAGAUAGA